CGGAAUCACAUUGUAAAUGCAACAGUUUCCGGUUUGAAGUAAACACAAGUUUGACAUUGGACAUUUUCGCAUUAAAGAUGAGUUUAAUGUCUUUAAAUACAGUAAGGCAGCUGUUCAGAGCAAUGGCUGACACAUCAGGCUUUGAUCGAGUACUCAAUAAGGUGGAUGUCUUGUCUGCUAGCCCGGGGAAGGUAGUAUGUGAGAUGCAGGUGGCAGACGAGCACACAAACCGCGGGGGCACGCUACACGGUGGGAUGACCGCGACUCUGGUGGACGUAAUCUCCACCGUGGCCAUUAUGUACAGCGAGAGGGGCGCGCCAGGGGUCAGCGUGGACAUGAAUAUAACAUACAUGAAUGCUGCCAAGGUUGGGGAAGACGUCCUCAUCACCGCCCAGGUUCUGAAACAGGGAAGAACAUUGGCUUUUGCUACUGUUGACCUGACAAACAAAGCCACUGGAAAAAUGAUUGCUCAAGGAAGGCACACUAAACACCUCGGGAGCAGCUGAAACACACGUCUUUAGUCCAAACUCCAAUACUCUAACUGUUGAGCCUGUAAAUAUUUUGCUAUAUUACAUUCUCGUCAGUGAUUAUGAUUCAUGCACAUGCAAUAAAAAAGCGACAAAGAUGUAUUUUUUUCAGAAUGCUGUAUUGGGAUAUGCUCAGCUGUAUUGAGAGUCAACAGAAAAAUCCAGAAUCUUUUUACCAUUUCAACAGAACAAGAAUCAACAAGGAGCAAGUUAUUUGUUCAUUGUCAGUCUUAAACAAGCAAGCCCACAAGACCUUAUAAUAAUUUGAACACGAUAGCAAAUAAGUAGGUCAAAUUAAAUUAGUUUUAUGUUUUAAUUUCAAAACUGUCACCCACCAUAUUGGAGUCUCAACAACCCUAGUCCCAAAUAAAAAUCAAAACUGAUUUCAGUCACUUAAAAAUUAUAGUGCAUGAAGUGCUUGAACAUGAAAGACCUCCAAUAUUUAACCAGCAUGUUUCACCUCUGUUCAAUGCCACCUAACUCAUUCAAGAAUUUAACAAAGGCCAGUAGAAUUAUUCAAAGAAAAAGCAAAUGUUGCAAAAAGAGCUUAAGACCUGCAAAAACAAAUUCUAAGGCGGUGUAUAAGAAGCAGCACCUACACCAUAUGAUUUGACAAAUAUUGUUCAUCUUGUUAUCUCUUACACAGGUGUAUGAACACCAUUUCGCACCUGUCCUCGGGUAAAAGAAUGUGUCAAGUUGUUUUAGCACCCCCCUUGACAUUACAUACAAGCCGCAACAAUCCUUUCGUUUGACAAGGAUAUCACAUGUCCAUCUGAGAAACCCCAUGAAAACCUAUGUAUUGUAUGUUUAUGUUCUGAUGCAAGAGUUCCUCCAUAGACUGGUGCUGUUGACAGAGCGGCUCCAAGUGAACAACCAACCACUCAAAAAUCAAUGUUCGUGCAGGUUCAAAUAAAACAAACGGAUGAGGAGGAAAUGGAGGGGAAGGGGGGAAAAUGAAGGAAUCAAUCCAAAAUGGCAGAAAAGGGAUACUGGGAGGGUAAAAAAAAGAUGUGAACUGAAUCAAUAUCAGGUCAGGGAGGGAGGCGAGCGUGUGGGUAACAAAAAGGAGAGGUCCAAGCAAAAAUUCAAAAACGUGUAAAAGGAAACGAGAUGAGUACAUAAAUUUGCAUCUGUAGGCUUAGAUGGGAAGGAGGGUAGGGCUUUUCCUAUGUGGCUGCAUGGAGCAGGACACCCUAGUCUGGCAUAUAUGGGCGGAGAUGGUCCUCGAUGUCUCCAACACCCCAGCAGGUCAGCUGGUCCUGGGGCAGAUACAGGCAAAGGCUGCAUAACUUGAAAACUGUAGCCUUGGUCUUAGGCGUCUGCAACGGAGCAACAGAUGAAGAUUAAAUUUCAGAAAGACAGCUAUAGUAGUUUCAAAUUUAAGCUGAAGGACUAACCUGUAAGUGCUGUCUAUCCAUGAAAAGAAAUACAGACUGAGUAGGAUUGUUCAUGACCAUUCCAGCCUUGUCUUUACGACCCAAAGCAUGCAAGCACUGCUUCUCAUAGUCUCCGUGAUGAAAUUCAAACUUGGCCUGUUGACACCAAAGCAGACAAUCUUCUAUAAAUUUACCCUAGAAUUAAAAUAGCAGAUGUUUGUGGUCACGUAUGUGUAUUCUGACCUGAACAGGCCUAAAGGGUUCAUCAUCAGCCCCCUUCCAUCUGGAGAAUAGCAGACAUACAAUCUUCUCAAUAUCAUUGCGUGGCCAAAGAAUGAAAUCCAUCUCUUGAGUGCAGCCUAUUACAUCCUAAAAACAUAAGCUGUGUUAAGAAACUGUGUUUUAAAAACUUUAAUUAUAUAGUGUUUAGAAACAUACCCUUCGCAUUGACUGGUAGCGGGGCGCAUGUAGUUGCACAACGUCUUUUUGCAGGAGUUCUAUUGAACUCUCAAGAGAGUAGCUGGAAUCCCGCACACCUCUGAGGAUGUUUUCUUCAUAGUUGUUGGUCAUCACGGGCACCACUUCAGCUACCUCAAACAGAGCAGACUUCUUUUUCUGUAAUAAAUACAAAAAAUAGAGGUUGUGUGAGGAUGUGUAACAUAAACUACUGAUCUACUGUUGAAUAUUGUGUGAGCAAACCUUUUCUUUGAAAACGAAGGCUAUAUAAAUCUUGAAGUCAAACUGAUCAGCCAAAGACUCCCUUUUCUUUCGAAGCUGGGCACGAAGUCGAUUUCUUGUUUGAUUUCUUCGUGAAGUUGGGUCCCCCAUGGUUAGAUUUUGCCGGCUGUCUCGUUUAAUGCACAAUUGACAAAACUCUACUAUUGUUUUUCAGGUUGGAUAAAGGAUGACCAUUAACUACCCUCUUUAGCAACGCAUCAAACAACUCUAUACUAGAUCUGUGAAAUACCCACUAACUAUGAACAGAAAAUGUAAGCAAAUUAAAGACAAACUAAGUCAUUUUUUUCUAUUUGUAGAAGGACAGAGAGGAGGAAGGGGAAUGACUAUCAAACAAGACUACAUCUCCCUACUCAUUUUCCAGAAGUUCAAAUUUAAGACAUGACUCUUAAGUCGAUUUUGUCAUAAUAUCAAAAUGCCAUAGACACGUUUCAAAACUAAGAUUUAAACUAGACUAACUGAAAACGACUUCUGUAAGCUUCAAUGAAGUCAACUGGUUCUACUAAAAUUCAUUGCGGAAAUAUUUAGCAGGCGUAUUUGGAUAUAACAGAAUCUAGCAAGCAGACAAUAGGCUAUGCAUAAUUAGGGUAAUUUCAAAGUCCCUUAUCCAUGGCUGAGAUUUGUAUUAUUUCUGUAGAGUCGGCACUAUGAGCGUGUUAACACAGACAGACUGGGGAUAUAGACGAACAUGGCAGGUAAAUACAGAUGCCAAGAUAUAGUGGCACCGGGGAACAUCUAGGGCCAGCGUAAGUUGACAUUUCCUGGAGUUUAGUGCCACUCACUCGGCCCUGCGCAGCCUGUAGUGCUGCCACGGCUGAGACUCAUGGUUUGGUCGUAUUAUUAGCCUUACCUUGGCAUUCACUUCCAACACUAACUAGUAGUGACUGCCUGUACAGCUACAUUUUAUCUUUCGAACUUGGCUCAUUUGAGGCAUGUGUGUGCUUAUCUAGCGUCCGGUCACCAUUUCUCACGCUCACAUUUUUCGCCCUGUGCAAUAUAAAUGCCAAGUGCUAUCAGAUUAAAAUGACUAUGCGGUUUGUUGAAUUAACUAGUUUUAUUCUGCAUUUUAGCCAAAGUAGUCGCUACGGGACGCUAAACAACAGCGAGAUUGCCCCUUCACGUCUCCAGUUGAGUUGUUGUUGUUUGCUAGCUCUCUUUUCCUUCGUCGUCACAACCCUCGUCUCGCCCUGCCGCAUGCCAUGUCAAGAUAAAUCGACAAUCCAGCGACGAUCCUCCGUCCUUUCAUUCGACGUGCUGUGUGGUGUCUCCCGGAGGGCCCAUCGUUAAUGGCGUGUCGUCCAGUGUUUGUUGGAGUGGUUUCUUUGUGUGUAUUUUGGUAGCUAAUAUUGUCACUCGCGGUUCAGCAGCUCAAGCUUUCUCCAAAA